CUUUUCAAGCGGGCAAAUGCUCUCAAUCGUGCAAGCGCAGUACUGGGGAUCAAAUGAUACACGCUAUUCAGGAGUCACUCGGGUGGCUGUACCUAGACCUAACUAGCAAACUCAACCAGGUUGCGGUAUGGGAUAACGGUUGCAAUUUUACACGGACUGCAAAACACGCUGAGCCACGAAGGUCUGUCAUAUGGCCGAGAAACGCUCCUCUCCAGGCAAUGGGAAGAAACCGCGUCGGAGUUUAUCAGUGACGAAGAGAAGGGGAGAUAGCAGAGCGAAUGCUGGAGCAAAUAGCGGCUCCAUUGCGUUGUUCUUCAACAAUGCGCCUCCAGCUAAGCUGGCCUGCCCUUUGUGCGGUCAGAUGGUGUCUCGGUUCAGAAUUAACGAGCACAUCGACUCGCAGUGCAAGACGUUUCUUGGCGAUAACCACAACGAUGGCAGGAAAGACGAGAAUCUUUCCGCCUCUUCACCGCCUCAUAACUCCAGAAGCAUCCCAGUUUCGCCGAGACGAUCGAGUCCUGAGGAGAAGAAACCGACCACUACCAGCCCCUAUUUCAAAAAACAAGGGUUGUUGCAGGAGGACUCACAAGAAGUUGAGCCAAACAGUGGAGCCAAAGUUGUGCAGAGUAUUGAUCUUGGGAGCCUGGCCUCAAAGCUAUCCAGAAAGCGGCUGAAGUUCACUGGGGGUGUGGAGACAGCCCCCCUGCAGAACAGAAGCCCAUCACCAGAGACAGGGAGUGGGAGUGGCAGUGGGGAGCUUAGCAGCUCACAGAAGGAGAAUUACUGUGACAAGUUGACUGACGACAGGUUCAGGUGUUCUCCGGUUGACACUGAUUUGGCUGGGAAUGCCACAGCUCAUAGAAGUUGUUCUGCAGACAGACAUAAAACGGAGAGCGGAGGGUCAUCAGAGGAGAAAAAAUGUGGGCCUGCAUCCAAGUUGCCUUCUCCAGGGAUACCUGUGUCAGUGCAGUCUGCUGUUUCAUCCAGACUUAGCAAGAGGAAGAAACAGGGGUCUUCCAGGACAGACACAGUCGCUCCAGUUCUCACUGCCAGCAAUAAGACUAAGAGAAUGAGACAUUCAGACAGUAACACAGCACUGGAUAAUGUCUCAUUACCCUCUGAAUGCCCCCAAGUACCUCAGGACAGCAUGAUAAGCUCAGGUGCAAAGCUACCUAAAGAAACCCCAAUGGUGAGUUUGAAGACUGACCCCUGUGAUGGCUCUUGGCAAAGCAGGGCCUCAGAAGCUGAGGUAGCUCCUUGCUCAUCCUCACAGACAGGUGCUGGCGCUGUGAACUGUACUGAGUUCACAGAGGCUGGUGCUGAUACGGGCGUAGAGAGAGAGAGGAGCCUGGAGCCACCACGGCUGCCCUACUACCUCCGCAAUUUCCUGACUGUGCUGGAGGCAGUGCUGGAGAACCAGGACGACAGGCUGCUGUUCAACGAAGAGGACCUGGCAGCCAUCCACACAUUCCAGCAGUUGUCAGCUGCUGGGCAGAUGCUGUAUGUAAGGCUUUUCCAGAGGAAGCUGCACUGGCUUCGAGUGAGCAAGCUGGAGUACGCUGAAAUUGGCUCGGACCUCACCCCGGUGGUCCAGGAGCUGACCAGCUGUGGCUUGUUGCAGAGAGAGAGUGACCUGCAGGACCUGGGGGAGGUCCUGGAUCUGCUGCCUGCUCCAGAGCUGAGGGGCCUGGCCAAGACCUUCCAUGUGGGGAACCCUGGGGCCCAGAAGCAGCAGCUGGUGGCAGGCCUUCUCCGCCUAGGCCGGCAGCGGUCCAUCUUUACCCAGAUUCCAGGGCAGACUGGUGCUGGUGCCGCCAUCCUCAAGAGGGCCAAGCAGCUGGCAGGGGCGUGUGUGCGAGUAUGCCGAGGGCCUCGCGCCGUCUUCUCCCGCAUGCUCCUCCUCUUCUCUCUCACGGACACUCUGGAGGAGGAGGAGGCUGGGGCAGGAGGGCAAAACCAGCUCUACACCAUCUUGCUCGUCAACUCUGGCCGCCUGGCUUUUCCCAGCUACAAUGUCCUGCGCAGGGCAAUGGUGUUCCAGGACAGGGACGACCUCAUUAGGUAUGAGGCUGCCAUGCAUGCCCUGCACGAGGUGACCAUGGCAAUGCAGGCAGGCAACUGGGAGGAGGCCCUGGAGCUCUACACCACAGCAAAGGCGGUCUGGAUGGAGCAGAAACACCUCUACAGCCUCAGGCACCAGGAGGAGCUGCCCGUGUUCCUGCGUUGUUUCACGGCGGGCUGGGCGUACAGCCGCAUCCUGUCCCGGGGGGUGGAGAUCCUGCAGAGACUGCGCCGCUAUGAGGAAGCAGUGGAGGAGCUGCAGUCGCUACUUGCCCAGUCUGUGUUCUGUCCAGACAGUAGGGGGCGCUGGUGGGACAGGCUGGCACUCAACUUGCACCAACACCUCAAACGCACUGAGCAGGCCAUCGUUGCCAUCCGAGAGGGCCUGUCGGAUCCCCUUGUAAGAACAGGCCAUCGUCUUUCUCUAUACCAGCGUGCCAUCAGAAUGAAGGAGUCCCCCAGCUGCAAGAAGUACAGACUGCUCCUGAGGGGCCUGCCCACUGUAGAGGUGCAGGAUGUCACCCACGUGACCAUCCGUGGCCAGCUGUUCCCACAUGCAGGAGGGAUGGGGAAGUCGGUAUUUAUGAUGGCAGCAGAUGAGGAGGGAGGAGUUGCUGGCAUUGACGACAACCAAGCCACUGUGCUGUGUUCUGUGGAGGAGCUGGCCCUGGCACACUACCGCCGGCUCGGGUUUGACCAGGGAAUUCAUGGUGAAGGCUCCACCUUUUCAACACUCUUUGGGCUCCUCCUAUGGGAUGUUAUUUUCAUGGAUGGUAUUCCAGAUGUCUUCCGAAAUCCAUACCAGACCUGCCCACUGGACCUGCACACCGACUGUUUUUACGAGAACCGGCUAGAGGCCAUAGAGACUCGGGUGCAGUUGCUGUGCGAGGCCUCGGUGGAGACACUGCACGCCCUGUUGGCUGAGACCUGGAGCUCGCAGGAAGGGAGAGUGUGUGUCUUGGUCAACUGGGAACGAUUCUCCUCACUGCAGCAGGCACAGAGCCUGGUAUCAUGUCUCGGAGGUCCUUUCCUGGGGGGCAUGGUGAGGCGGAUGGCUGAGGACUACAGACACUGCCGUGGAGGUCUCCCUGACCUGGUGGUGUGGAGUACUAGCAACAACACCUACAAGCUGGUGGAAGUAAAGGGCCCCAACGACCGCCUCUCCCAGAAGCAGCAGAUCUGGCUGGACGUGCUGCGGAAGCUGGGCGCGGAUGUGGAGGUGUGUCACGUGACUGACGUUGGCGCCCGGGGGGCUCGUCCUGACUGACUAAGAUGCAGCAAUGCCAUCACUUCGCUGGACAGAGCCUCCACAUACUCAACAUGCACUACAAACUCCCUCCUCCCAGUUCCUCCCAGUACCGGGGAGUGGAGUGGAGAAGUACCGUGUGCUUAGCUGAACCAAGAUGAAACA